GUGAAUGCUUGAUGACGUGCGAUGUUUAGCUGCCACAAAAAGCUGAUCAUGGCGUAAUGUUGGUGUAUGUCUAGUGAAAAUAGUCGCGUUUUUCCUACCCAAGACAAACUGCGCUGAGCUCAAAAUGUUCAAAGGUUGGGGUACGUGGUUAGGCCUCGAUGGUGCCACAACACCACCAGAAGGUCUUGAUCAACCCACUGAUGUUGUCGAAAAAGAGAGAGAAACUUCACCUGAUGUGCUGGACACCGAAGUAAACAAGGAAAAAGCAAGUGUAACGUUAGACGAGGAAGGGGAAAACGGUGACCAACAACUCCUGCAACAAACAAAAGGGUUUAGUGGUUACAUUCUCAACUUUGCCAGCAGUGCUACCAAGAAAAUAACAGAGUCUGUAGCGGAGACGGCUCAGACGAUCAAGAAAAGUGUGGAAGAGGGGAAAAUUGAUGGCAUUAUUGAUAAGACCAUACUAGGAGACUUUCAAAAAGAGCAACAGAAGUUUGUCCAGGAGAAGAAUGCAAAAAGGAAUGAUGUUGCUGUUCCACCGUGGGUUGGUUACAACGAAGAGGAAACCAUUCAGCAGCAAAUAUUGGCCUUAUCAGCUGAUAAGAGGAAUUUCUUGAGGGAUCCUCCUGCUGGGGUCCAGUUUCAUUUCGAGUUUGAUCAGAUGUUCCCCGUUGCCUUGGUGAUGCUGCAAGAAGAUGAACUGUUGAAUCGGAUGCGCUUUGAUCUUGUUCCCAAACUUGUGAAGGAGGAUGUGUUCUGGAGAAAUUACUUCUACCGUGUGUCGCUGAUAAAGCAGUCUGCUCAGCUCACUGCGUUGGCAGCCCAACAGCAGGCUGCAGAGAAGCGCCAGGAAGAGAAGACUGAAGACACCGUAGAUGGAGACAUGCCAGAAACCAUCAGACCGAAAACCCCUCCCACUACCAUCAACGCCAAGCCAAAGUCAAAUGAGGAUGAAGAAGAGAUCAUUUCCACCAGCCCAGGAGUGUCUGAGUUUGUGAGUGAUGCCUUUGAUGCAUGCAACAUUGACCAGGAGGACCUGAGGAAAGAGAUGGAGCAACUCGUGCUGGACAAGAAGGAUGAGGCGUCUCCACAGGAUGAGGAGACGGCUGAUUGGGAACGCGAGCUACAACAGGAGCUCCAAGAGUACGAGGUGGUAGCUGACGCCGAGAACAGAGAUGACAACUGGGACAAGGAGAUCGAGGAGAUGCUGCAGGCGGAUGAAUUCACACACCUCAGCAGCACCACUUAAGAUCAGACUUGUUGAAGUCAACCAACAUUGAUUAGCAUAUGCGGUGGUGUGGUCUGUUUGUCUUCAGGUGGUAAUUUGGACAUGAAUUUACUUUGGCUAUAAGCACACUAAAAUGAGUUGGAGGAUGUAUUAUUAUUACAGCCAACGGGUCUUUCCAUCAGUCAUGGGACCUUUUAGUGUCUUUCUCUUUGUAUUACGGAUACUGUAUCAUUUGGUAAUGGCAUAUUCAUGUUUAAAUUUAGAGAGUUGCAUCUUCAGUCAGAUUGAGUGGGAUGUUUUUAUUACUUCAUGCUCUUAUUAAAUCAUCUGUCUUUUAAAGAUUUAUGUAUAUUAUUUCUCUUGUCAAGUAUCUAAAUGGACAGUCUUGUUUGUAAACAACAAAAUGGUAAUAGAAUUCCCUUCUAUAAGGAGACGUAUAAGAUAAGAUCACACCCUCUUUAGUAGAGACUAAGUUACCUAUGGAACACAUUUUCAUAUUAUAUUGUUUGACAACGCUGAUGCUUGUUUUACUUUACAAUGCUGUUAGCUAUGCUACUGUUAAGCAAAAUAAAGACAUUGCCUUUCAGCA